AUGUCAUCAGAAGAAGGUUUGAGCUCAACAAUUACGGGUUGGCUUUUUGUUCAUUCCUGGUGGCUACUACUGCCGUUCAUCAUGCUGCUGGUCGUCGCUGCCUUCAUUGUCGCCUUCGUCCUGCUGUUGUACAUGAUAUCGCCGCUUAUUAGCCCCAAACCCCUCAAACUGAACGGGGCCCACGUCGUGGUCACUGGAGGCUCCAGCGGGAUUGGGAAAUGCAUUGCAAUGGAAUGCUACAGACAAGGAGCUUUCAUUACUCUGGUGGCACGUGAUGAGGCAAAAUUGAUUCAAGCCAAGAAAGAAGUGGAGAAAUUUGCCAUCAACGACAAACAAGUUGUACUUUGCAUAUCAGUGGAUGUUUCCAGUGAUUACAGUCAGGUGGAAAGUGUCAUAAAACAGGCUCAAGAAAAGUUGGGUCCUGUUGAUAUGCUUGUAAACUGUGCUGGAACCUCCAUAUCUGGAAAGUUUGAAGAAGUGGAGGUAGACCGUUUUAAGAGGCUGAUGGAGGUGAACUACUUGGGCAGUGUUUAUCCAACACGUGCCGUCAUAACCACCAUGAAGGAGAGAAGAAUGGGCCGCAUCAUGUUCGUUUCCUCCCAGGCGGGCCAAAUCGGCCUAUUUGGCUAUACUGCUUACUCCCCGUCCAAAUUUGCACUGCGCGGUUUGGCCGAGUCCCUGCAGAUGGAGAUAAAGCCAUACAAUAUCUAUGUGACACUGGCCUUCCCACCAGAUACAGAUACGCCAGGGUUGGUUGAGGAAAACAAGACAAAGCCUCUGGAAACCAGAUUAAUCUCUGAAACAUCUGGAAUUUGUCAACCAGAUCAAGUGGCCAAAAUUGUUGUCCGAGAUGCCGUGCAAGGAAAUUUUAACAGCUCUGUGGGUCCAGACGGCUACAUGCUCUCAGCUCUAACCUGCGGGAUGUCACCCGUCACCUCUAUCACAGAGGGUCUCCAGCAGAUUGUCACCAUGGGUCUGUUCCGUACCGUAGCCCUCUUCUACCUCGGAAGUUUUGACAGCAUCGUGCGUCGUUGCAUGAUUCAGAGGGAGCAGUCCAAGUUGGCCGACAAGCGAGAGUAA